CGGCCAUCACAGAAAUCCACUAACUCUUGACAAGAUGGCCUCCCAUCAUUUGCUCCUUCUUUGCCUCGCUGGGCUGGUAUUUGUGUCUGAAGCUGGCCCUGCGGGGUGUCCUCUGAUGGUCAAAGUCCUAGACGCUGUCCGAGGCAGUCCAGCCGUCAAUGUGGCUGUGCAAGUGUUCAAAAAGGCUGCUGAUGGGACCUGGGAGCCAUUUGCUGCUGGGAAAACUGAAGACACUGGAGAGCUGCAUGGGCUCACAACAAAUGAGAAAUUCGUGGAAGGUGUGUACAAAGUGGAAUUAGACACCAAAUCCUAUUGGAAGGCCCUCGGCAUUUCCCCGUUCCAUGAAUACGCAGAGGUGGUGUUCGUCGCCAAUGACUCUGGCCAUCGCUCCUACACCAUCGCAGCUCUGCUCAGCCCCUUCUCCUAUUCAACCACUGCUGUGGUCAGCGACCCCCAGCAGUGAGGGACCCGAGGGAGCAGGGAUAGCAUCUUCUAUAACCAGCAGUAUUCCAUUUUUCUAAAGCAGUGUUUUCACUCUGUAAACUACAUUAGAAACUCAGGAAGAGACCAUUAAAUGUUACUGUUAAAAG